CACAUUUAGCCUGGAGACACACACACACACAUAAACACAUACACACACGCACACAUACGUGCACAUAUACACACACUCUCAAUUACUCACACAGUGAUAAAUUACUCAGACGCCGGAAAAGAACAGGCAUGAUGUCUUCGCACCCUGCGGCGGGCCACGGCCACGGAAACGGCCACGGAAACAUCGAGGUCGACCCGAUAUGGGAUAACGACGACGACUCGACAUAUGAAUCCGCGGGCUCUGGCACCAGCAUCGGGAGCAUCACGCACAGCAUCCACGAGUACGUAUUCGAGAACGGCCGCAGGUAUCAUACGUACUUUGGCGUGGAUAAGUAUAUCAUUCCUACUGAUGAGCAAGAGCGGGAUCGACUCGACCUCAACCAUGAAGUCCUGCUGCAGCAGCUGCGCGGCGAGCUGCACGGUGCGCCGGCGCCGAAGGAGCCGAAGCGGAUCCUGGACGUCGGCACGGGUAGCGGGAUCUGGGCCAUCGAUAUGGCCGAGAAGUACCCCGACUGCGAGGUUUUGGGGAUUGAUCUUAGUCCGAUACAGCCGAAUUGGGUGCCGCCGAACUGUCGCUUCGAGAUCGACGAUGCCGAAGAAGAGUGGAUCCAUGUGGACAACUCGUUCGAUUUCAUCCACAUGCGGAAUUUGAACCAAGGGAUCUCACACUGGGAUCACGUCCUGUCUGAAGCCUACCGCUGCGCCAAACCGGGCACGUACCUAGAGCUUUCGGAGAGCGGGCAGAAGUUCUACAGCGACGACGGCAGCAUAUCCGGCAGCAGCGCGAUGCUGUCGUUCACGCAGAAGCUGGGCGAGGCGAUGUUGCGGAUCGGGCGGCCGCCCAUGAGCGACGGAAUGCAGGAGGCCAUGCUCAUGCGCGCAGGAUUCGUCGAUAUUCACUCGUUCACCUUGAAAAUGGUCAUGGGGCCGUGGCCGAAAGAUGCUAGGAUGAAGAAGAUUGGAAUAAUGAACUGGGCGCAGAGCGAGUCUGCGUUUCAAGCUUACAGCAUGGCCGCCCUAACACGGAUUCUCGGCAUGUCCUAUGAGGAAGCGGACAGGAUCUGCCGCGAAGCGCUCGACGAGACAAAGAACAAGAGCAAGCACGUGUACCUGAAGCACUAUGUGGCGUACGGACGGAAGCCGGCGGGCGACGAGAGGAAUACAAGGAAGAGGAAGGCGCGUGAGGAGUCGCCGGAUAGUGGGGAUAGUGGGGAUAGUGGUAAGGGGAGUACGCUGCGCGGAGUUCGGUAAUCCAAUGUUAAAGGUUGAAC